AUGGGUGCAGAAGCUAAAUUAUAUCUUCAAGAACACUCCAUCCCCCAACUUUUUGAGGGAUUAAUGACGGGCCUCAUAUACAACCGACCAGAGGACCCCUUAGGAUUUUUGGAAGAUGCGAUUCGGCAAUUAAAGGAAAACCCUGACAAUCAUUUGUCUUGGGAUAUGUUCAUUGACAAAGGGAUAACUUCAUCAGAACGUCGGGAAAUUGCCUCGAAGCGAACCAUCCGUAGUCAUAACGGACCAACUAUCAAAGAUAAUAUAUUAAAUGAAGAUAAGAAGAAAAAAGUGAAAGAAAAGGAGAAAGAAUCCUCCGUUGACCAAGAGAACAAAACAAUGCGUGAACACUCGCGAGAUGCUCGUCGAACUACAACUGGAAGCCGAGCUUUGCAUCGGCAACCAUCGGUGAUAAAAGCCUCUGAAGUCGCUCAAAUACCUGAUGUCCCAAUUAUUCUCUUCAUGGGAGGACCAGGUGGUGGGAAGACAAGACAUGCAGCUCGAGUCUCAGAUGCUUUAUCAGAAAGAGGACUUGUCCAUAUAUGCAUGCCAGACGUCAUACGUAAAGCUUUGACAAGAUAUAAAGAUAAAUAUGCUGAAUGGAAGGGUGCCAAUGAUCAUUAUAUGAGAGGCGAACUCAUUCCUAAUCAUUUGGCAUUAGCUUUAGUGAAAGCUGAAAUGGGCCGACAUAAGAAUGCUACCGCUUUCUUCCUCGAAGGGUUCCCUCGAGAAGCUCGUCAAGUUGAAGACUUUGAAAGACAGGUCAAAACUGUGAAUAUGGCUCUAAUUAUUGAUUAUGACGAGAAAACUCUGAGAGAUCAUAUGGAAAGAAGAGGGCUCGGUAUGGAACUUAUUGAUCAGAAAAUCAAGGAGUUCAAACAAAAAACCUUGCCCUCGGCCAAGUACUUUGAUGACCAAAAGCUGCUCCAUCUGAUUCCGGGAGAAAAGGAUGAUCAAGCUAUUUUUGAAAGAAUGAAAUCGCUGGUUGAAAAAGCUAUGGAAUCAGGCAUUCCGGUUUACAACAGCAAUCCUCCUAGCCAAAAUGGUGCACCUGCGUCUAAGCCAGAAUCAAGAGCGGAAACAAGUCAAUCUCGUAAUGAGGAAAUAAGUGCUGCAGCUAUCACCGCCACGGCGGUAGAGGCUGCUGCUGAGAUGGUGGCAACUUCUCAAUCGCCAAUUAUUAACGAAGUUCCUCCCGUUGUUUCGCCGGAUGUUGAAAAAGAUACUUCUCAGCCGAAAGAAGCCUCCAGAAAGAGCACAGCAGCGGGACGACCACCAACCAACCCAAGUCGACCUGGAAGCCGAAAAUCUAGAAAGUCGACAGCCUCUUCAAACGCCCGUAUUGUGGAGUCCAAAGCGGAAGAAUUUAUUUCUCCUGAUGUCCCUGAAGUUGUUGUUGUUCCAACUUCGGCAAGCCCAUCCGUACGACCCACUACCAAAGCUGGUUCACGCCCGAGUACAGGAGCUGCCCCACCUUUGGAAACAGUUCUAUCGAGCGUAGACAUCAAUGAUGAAAUUGUUGGAGAUUCUACUGUUCGAACGGGACUACCUAACAACGCACCUGUCGUUUUGAUAGUUGGCGCUCCGGGAUCGAAUAAAGCCGAAAUCGCGAAACGAAUAGUUCAGAAGUACGACGGUUUCAUUCUUUUGUCAAUGGGCGAAUUACUGAGACGAAAAGCUGCAGAAAUGAGAGAGGAUGAUAUUUGGAAACGAGUCAAUACCAAAAUGGAACAAGGAGAGCCUGUGCCGAUGAUCUUAUGUCGAGAUGUGCUUUUCACUGAAAUGCAUAACAUAGGUCAAACUAGUUGGGGUUAUGUAAUCGAAGGAUAUCCGAGAACUUUGUCUCAAGUAACAGAUUUGGAAAACAUAAUUGAGCGAAUAGAUGUGGUGAUUUUGGUAGACUGUACGGAGCAGUAUUGUGAAGAAGUAGUUAAAAAACGUUAUGAAUUAAACAAAGUAGAUAGACCAGAUGAUACACCAGAAGUAUUCAAGAUUCGAUUAGCUUCUUUCAAACAAAAUACAUUACCCAUGUUGAAAUACUUGGACGAUAAAGGAAAACUACGAGUGGUUGACGGGGACCAAGACAUUGAUUCUGUCUUCAAAGAUGUUUGCCAAACUAUCGACUCUACAUUAUUCAUUGAAGGAGACGACGGUGAAGGACACAGCUUAGAUGAAUCCAAGAAAGGCAGUCUUAACUAG